AUGGGAGACAUAACUUUGCGCGAUGCUCGCGGCCUGUCCCUCACUGAGAGUGUGCUCUCCUCCUGUCAAAGGGUAGAGGAUCUACUGACAAGCAAAACCCCAAUUGUGCUGACCGGAAGUACCCUAGAUAUGGGUGCGGUGGUUGUCGUGGCUCAACACGGCCAGCAUGCCACCAUGACCAGUGACCCCACGAUCCGUCAAAGCAUGGAAGCCAGCGUGGAAUUUCUGGAUCAGCAGCUACAGCGCGGCGAAGUGGUGUACGGGGUCAACACAGGGUUCGGCGGCAGUGCGGACACGCGAACCACGCACUACGCCGGCCUCCAGAAAGCCCUAAUUCAGAUGCAAACCUCGUGCGUUCUCCUGCCCAGCGAUCGACAACAAAUCCCCUCCUCCACCACCACGUUCCGCCCCUGCCACCGGAGCCAUAGCAUGCCGAUUCCCGUGGUCCGGGCGGCCAUGUUGACGCGCUGCAAUUCCCUGCUCCGCGGUCAUUCGGCCGUGCGGCCGGUCGUGGUCGAGCAUAUUCUCACGCUGUUGCGCCACGGUGUGACGCCCGUCGUGCCGCUCCGGGGCAGCAUCUCCGCCUCGGGCGACCUGGCGCCGCUCUCCUACAUCGCCGGCACCUUGGAGGGCAACCCCGACAUCUCCGUGCAUGUCCACGCGACUGACGAGAUCCUUCCCGCGGACGACGCCCUCCAGCGGCUGGGACUCCCCGCGCUCGAUCUGGGGCCCAAGGAGGGACUCGGUCUGCUCAACGGAACAGCCUUCAGCUGCGGCGCCGCCAGUCUGGUCCUGUUCGAAGCCAACCAGCUCCUCCUCCUCUCACAGCUCCUGACCGCUAUGGCCACGGAGGCUCUCGCCGGCCAGGCGGACAACUACCACCCGUUCAUCGCGGCUGUGCGACCCCACGACGGACAAAUCGAAGCCGCCGCCAACAUCUUCGGCUUCCUGGCCGACUCCCGUCUCGCGGCGCGGUCCACGGAGGAGGCUGCGGACAACAGCAGCAGCAGCAGCAGUAUGACCGACGCCGCGGGCCACGCCGGGCUCAGCCAGGACCGGUACGCCCUGCGCACAGCGACACAGUGGCUGGGGCCGCAGCUCGAGACGAUGGCGCUGGCGCUCAGGCAGGUGGCGACGGAGCUCAACUCGACGACGGACAACCCGCUGAUCAGCGUGGCGGGCCGGCACGUCCACCACGGGGGCAACUUCCAGGCGGCGGCGAUCACGUCGGCGAUGGAGAAGACGCUGGGCUGCGUGCAGAUGGUCGGCAGGAUGCUGUUCGCGCAGUGCUCGGAGCUGCUGAACCCGGCGCUCAGCCACGGGCUGCCGCCGAACCUGAGCCUCGACGACCCCAGCCUGUCGUACGCGUUCAAGGGCCUCGACAUCAACAUGGCCGCCUACCUCUCCGAGCUGGGCUACCUCAACCACCCCGUCAGCAACCACGUGCAGUCUGCCGAGAUGCACAACCAGAGCCUCAACUCGCUGGCCCUGGUGGGGUGCCGUUACGCCGCCGACGCCGUCGAGGUCCUGGCCCUGAUGACCGCAACCUUCUUGUACGUGCUGUGCCAGGCGCUGGACCUGCGCGUGCUGCAGACCGAGUUCCUGCGCGACGUGCGGCCCAAGGUCGACGCUCUCACCGACGAGGUGGUCGCUGCUGCAUCGUGCCGGGGGACGGCGGCGGCGGACUCCUCGACCCUCCAACAUAUCCGCACCGCCAUCUGGGCCGAGUUGAUGUACCACUGGGCCCGAUCCAGCACCCUCGACCUUGCUGACCGCUGCACCACCACCGCCACCAGCACCGCCGGCACCCUGCUCGACCUACUACCGCCGCCCAAGACUGGCGCUGGCGCUGCCGAGACGAACCUGCCAUCGCUCCGCGACUGGAAGCGCACUCUCGCGUGCACGUUGCGCGAGAGCUAUGAGACCGUCCGCGCCACGCGCUUCACGCAGACCACUACCUUCCCUCCCACCCCAACCUACCUCUGCGGCGCGUCGCGACGGCUCUACGCCUUUGUGCGGGAGGAGCUGGGCGUCCCGCUUCAUCGGGGGUUCGCGGAUCACCCGACGGUCGAUCGGGCUCAGAGCGCGGGGAAGCUGACCAUCGGGUCGCAGGUGAGUAAGGUCUACAUGGCCUUGCGCGAGGGGCGUUUGCGGCGGGUGCUGUUGGAGUGUUGGUAG